AUGCUAUUCCAAGACCUCUCCUUUCCAGCGGUCAUCGGUGCAGCAUUUGGUGUGUUUGCUAUAUCUGUAGUCGCCGGAUGUAUCUACGAUCUGUUUUUUCAUCCGUUGCGCAACUUCCCCGGCCCCAAACGGGCAGCCAUAUGGUCUUUCUACGAGUUUUACUACGAUGUCAUUAGAGAUGGCACUUAUCUCUGGGAAAUUGAGAAGAUGCACCACAAAUACGGGCCGAUUGUUCGCAUCAACUCAAGAUCUUUGCAUAUCCACGAUCCGGAAUACUUUAGCACCAUCUACGCUGGAAGUGGCCGCAAGGUUAACAAAGAACUGUCAGCCGUGUCUGGGUACACAUUCCCACAUUCCACCAUCUCCACUCUCGACCACGACCUCCAUCGCAAACGUCGCGCCAUUGUGAAUCCGUAUUUUUCUAAAAGGGCCAUUGCGGACAUCGAGCCGGUCAUUCACGAGCGUCUGGAUGCAUUGAUCUCGCGUCUUGCAGAAGCAAAGGGAAGCACCGUUGACCUGACGUGUGCCUUUUCUGCCUUCACUGCGGAUGUUGUCACCUACCACUUCUAUGGGUCCCAUGCAAACUACAUUGGAAGCAAGGACUUCAAGUACGGACUCAAGGAUGCACUGACUGUGUUGUUGAAUCUGUACAACCUCACGCGCUUCCUGCCAGUCCCCGCAACUACACUCAAGAACCUCCCGUUGCCAAUCCUCGGGUUGAUUAACCCGAACUUCCCUGAGGUCGUGUCGGCGCGGGAGGCUAACAAAAAGAUGGUUUUGAACUACCUCAACAAGCCUGAUGAAGAGAAAAACGCCAUGAAAGACGCGAGAUCCAAGUCUGUCAUUGUGAGCGCACUGACGGAUCCCAAUGUCCCCGACGCGGAGAAAACACUGGAUCGUCUGUUAGAUGAGGGUGAAACCAUCAUUUUUGCCGGGAUUGACACCACCGCUAGGACACUCGCCGUCGCCCUGUUCCACCUACUCAAUAAUAAGGAUGUGCUGAUGAAGCUGCGGAAAGAAUUGCAGGCUAUUGCAAAGUCGGAUGGUCAACAAUGGACCACGACAGAGCUUGAGGCCGUGCCAUAUAUGAGAGGCGUCGUCCAGGAAGCGAUUCGCCUUGCGUACGGUUUAGUCGUGCGCAUUCCAAGAAUCUCCCCACACGAAGCUCUGCAGUACAACGGUUUCGUAAUUCCACCAGGAACACCGGUCAGCCAGUCAACCUAUCUGGUCAACAACGACGCUUCCAUAUUCCCAAAUCCUCAAGCAUUCGAUCCCGAGCGUUGGGUCAAGGCUGCACAAGACGGCGUCAGCCUCGACAAAUACAUGGUCAGCUUCAGCAAGGGCAGCAGGGGAUGUCUCGGUAUCAACCUGGCAUAUGCAAAACUCUACCUCGGUAUUGCAAGGGUUGCAACAUCCUUGGAUAUGGAGCUAUUUGAAACGACUGAGAAAGAUAUUGCUGUAUACCAUACACGGGGCUUCGCCUUUCCCAAGGAAGGUGACGGUGCAGUCAAGGCACAAGUUACGGGUCUGUGCAAAUAG